AUGUCGAGGGAUGCUCUCCAGAAACACUUGCUUACCCUCCUGGAAGACUACAAGGACUUCAACUCCAGCCCUAUUGAGACGCAACCUAUUCCGACAGCACUAGACUUCUCGAAACAGGUAUCUCGAGGGUACCCAUGUGUCUACAAAGCAUAUGACAAGGUGAUGGAUGCCAGUGCCAUGUUCUGGACUGAGAAGGACCUGAUCAGCCUGGUUAAUGACACAAAGGUAGAGGUUGCAGUAACACCUAACGGUAUGGCGGAUGAUAUUGAACAGGUUGAUGGCGAGCCUGAACCAGUAUUUCUAUCACCAGCCACUGUUGAGAUGACCAUGUCUGAACUGCUAGCUAAGCUCGCAAGGUCUACAAGCACCUUAGAAACUCGUGAAACAGCGUCCACCCCAGUUUACUAUCUUCAGUCCCAGAACAGCAAUCUCACGACCACACCACUCUUCCGAAUACUCAAGCACGUCCCAGAGAACUUUUCAUUCGCACAACCAGUCUUGUCCGAACCUGAAGCGAUUAAUAUAUGGAUUGGGGACGAACGAUCUGUGACCUCGACUCAUCGUGACCCUUAUGAAAACCUCUAUCUUGUGCUGAAAGGGUCAAAGACCUUUACGCUGUACCCGCCUGCAGACGAGCUUACGCUUCCUACAAAGUCUGUGCGCACUGGUAGGUACAAUUACGAUGAGCAGUCGCAGAAGUUUUCUACCAUCCUGGACGAAGCUGAGUCACCUGAUAAUCCGUCGCCUCGUAUACCGUGGGUAUCUAUCGAUCCGCUUCGUGCUCGGGAAGAGUUAAUAGCUCAGUACCCUCUAUACGAUCACUCAACACCAAGAAAGGUCGUGGUACGUGAAGGCGAGAUCUUGUAUCUACCUUCUGGUUGGUAUCACCACGUUCAACAACAGGCGGGUGCUUGGGAUGAAAGUGGCAGACGCGCACCAUGUAUCGCAGUCAACUACUGGUUCGACAUGGACUAUGAAGGAGAGAAGUACAUAAUGAGACAACUGGUCGGCAGGCUAGCUGCUGAAUUAAGAGGCGCAGACCACGCUGGGUGA